GCCCUAUUGAUUGUGCCAUCUAUAAAUUCAAUGUCCGAACGUCUCUGCUACACUCACGGUUGAAUUAUAUAGUCAAUUGGUGUUUUUCAGAUUUGCGAUUGCAGUGUUUUGUUCGUAGUGUCUCGGUUUUAUCGGAAUCGUUACACGCGCGUGUGUACAGGUUAGAUAUCUGAUGAUUUUCAGAUUCCCGAGAGAUAUCACAGAAAAUUUAUUAGACCCCGCAACAUGUCAGAAGUCGGGGAUCAUGUUUGUAUGUUCUCCAUGAAAAUACGUUUGUCGCUUGCACGAUUUGAAUUUACUCAUUUUGUAGUGAGUACUUGUUAAUAGGAUAAGUAAAUAACAAAAUGUCAGUACAUUAUAAAUUUAAGUCCACUUUGGACUAUGAUACUGUGUCCUUUGAUGGACUGCACAUUUCUGUAGCUGACUUAAAGAAAGCUAUUUUCCAUCAGAAACGUAUAGGAAAGAAUACCGAUUUUGAUUUGCAAAUAACAAAUGCGCAGACAAAAGAAGAUUAUACAGAUGAUAAUGCUUUGAUCGCGAAGAAUACUAGCCUUAUUGUUGCCAGAGUUCCAUUAACAGUACAACAGAAACGAUCUUGGGAUAGAAAUGAAACCCCAUCGUUUAGUAAUUUAAAAGAUGAAGCGAAUCUUGGUCGAGCUGUGGACCUGACAAGACUUGAUGGCUCCGAAGAGGAUAAAAUUCGAGCAAUGAUGACACAAUCAACACAAGAUUAUGAUCCAUCAAAUUACAUGAAGAUACGUGGAGCCAAUCAAACUGGUGAUGUACCUGCAAAUUAUCGCUGUUACAAAUGCCAUCAACCCGGUCACUGGAUAAAAAAUUGUCCACUCGGAACAAACCAAGAGCCCAUAGAAAUUAAGAAAAGCACAGGCAUUCCUAGAAGUUUUAUGGUUCCAGUAGAAGGACCAAGAGUUCCUGGUGCUAUGAUGACUCCUACAGGCCAAUAUGCUGUUCCAGCCAUUGAUCAUCAAGCGUACAAAGAAGGUAAAAAAGAACGGCCACCAUUUUCACAAGAUCCAGAGCCUGCUGUGGAAAAACCAGAAAUUCCAGAAGACUUGUUGUGCAACAUUUGCAAAGAUCUUUUGACUGAUGCAGUAAUGAUACCAUGCUGUGGGAAUUCAUUUUGCGACGAAUGUAUCCGUACAUUCUUAUUAGAAUCCGAAGAACACGAAUGUCCAGAUUGCAACGAAAAAGAUGUUUCACCGGAAACUCUUAUACCGAAUCGCUUUUUACGAAAUGCGGUAAUGAAUUUUAAGAAUGAGACAGGGUAUGCUAAGAGACAGACAUAUAGGCAGCCGACACAAAUAAAUAGACAAGUAGAUCAACAAAAACCUGAUCAGAAUACCAGUCAAACGUUAAAUCAAAGCAAACCCGCUCAAGCUCCAGUUGCAGUUAGUGCAACUUCUCAAGAAAAUACAGAAUCACAAACAUCAAAUUUUGAGUCUGCUCCUCAGCAAUUUCCAGUAAACACUGCACAACCACAAACAGCAACUCUUCCUGAAUCAACAUCAGAAUCUGAUUUGCAAAGUGAUUCUGUAACAAAGUUGACUACAGACGAAGAAACUGAGGUACCACCACCUCCUGGAACAGAGCCAUUGCUUCCAAUUCCUGCUAUUGGUAGUUCUCCAGAAAGGGAUAGAGAAAGAAGUGAUCCUCCAAGCCGAGAAAAGAAAGAUCGUGAGAAUGAAUACUUGGGAGAAAGGCAACCAAGAGAACGUAGACGAAGUUUCAGCAGAGAUGGUCAUCGUGACAGAAGUGGAGAACGUGGUCGUAGAAUGGAAAAUUUGCGACCAUUAAGUAGAAGACGAUCCUUGUCUCCUAGACAUUCUCAACAUAGUGAUUAUAGUUCUCAAGGAGCACCAUUGUCGCACUUAAUGAACCCACCUCCAUCAAAAGGUUAUCAAGGACUACCACCAGAUGAUGGACACUAUCCUCCUAGUAUGCAUUAUGAUAGUGCUAUACGUAGAUCAACUGAAGAUCGACCAGGCACUCCAACAGUUGACGAACCACACUUACAUGUACCUUCUUCUGGCAAUCAGCCACCUCUUUUACCGUUUCCACCAGGAGAAGAUCGUAUUCCACAACCUAGUUAUAACCAACCUCCACCUAAUGUACCACCACAUAAUGCACCUUUAUUGCCAGAUCCAUAUAUGAGUCAUCGGAUACCUAUGUACCCACAUCAACAAGGAUCUCACUAUGGACCACCUCGAUAUGAAAGACCUCCAUAUCAACAACAAGGUUACAGACCGUCGCAACCACCUAGAAACUAUAAUGGACCACCACGGCCAAUUAGAGGCAUGCACCAUAUUAGUUACCGAGGAUUACAGCCGCCGCCACCAGGUUUAAGUAGAAAUAUACACAAUGGCAAUCCACCUGGUAUAAUCGACGAUCCUUUGGAAGCUUUCGAGCGAAUGUUGAGGGAGAAAGAUGAACGAGAUAGGAGGCUUGGCAAACAUAGAAGAAGAAGCAGAACAAGAUCAAGAUCUCGCAGUUACAGUAGAUCUAGAUCGCGUUCAUUCGGCCGUAGAUCACCAUUCCCGGCUCGCUUAAGUCGAUCUAGAAGCCCUCCUUCAAAGAGAAGGUCUUCGAGAUCGCCAUUACCUUUGCGAGCGCGAAGUCGCACGCCGAAACGUAGAUCAAGAAGCAGAAGUUUCUCGAUUAGCAGGUCUAGAUCAUAUUCGCGUAGUCAAUCCCCUAGAUUAUCUUUGUCGCGAGAUAGAGACAGAGAUAGAGAAAGGGAUCGAGACAGAGAUAGAGAACGGGAUAGAGAAAGAGAUAGAGAGCGGGAUCGAGACAGAGAUAGAGAAAGGGACCGAGAUCGGCGUGAUCGAGACCGUGAUCGGGAUAGAGAAGUACUUUCUAGAUAUCGAUCACCGGCUAGAUCACCUCUAAGAUUCCAAAGAGAGAGGGAUCGUGACAGGGAGAGACCAAGAUCACGCGAGCCCAGAGAAGGGUAUAAUAGUUACUACAAUGAUUCACCUGCCCAUGAUUAUCAAUUCAGAGAUCGGGAGCGUGAUUUACCUCCUAGGGACAGGCCGAUACCGAGAUAUCCUAUAAGGAACCAACCGACUCAACAUAAUAUACCACCGCUGUUGCCGCAUCUAGUCACUGGAGGUCACCCACCGCCGCUUAUGUCUUUGGGACCUCCACCUACGGACAGGAAAGACUAUUAUGAUUCCUACAACAGGUAUCCCGGACCAUCUACUCAACGUUUUGGCAGCCCCCUGAGAGAUACUCCUCACAAAAGAUUCGACGACGUUGCUCCUCCUGGUACAGAGGGUUACUAUGACCUAUCACCUCCAGGGGUCGAGCAUUCUGAUAGAUCUUCACGCGAUGAUCGAGACCGACGUCUAAUGAGAGAUCAAGAGGAUCGUGAGCAUUCUCUCAAAGACCAUGAUACUGAAGAAAGAGAUAGAUUGAGGGAGGACAGGGGACGAGAACGCGAUGAUCGUUUGCGUGAAAGGGACGAUAGAGACCGCAGAGUUCUGAAUCGGGAUCGAGAGGAUCGCGAUAGACAAGUAUUGCCCAGAGAUCAUGACGAUAGACCACGUGAAAAGGAUGAACGUGACAGAAGGGAAAAGGAAAAGGAGAGAGACGACAGGCACACGCGUGAUCGUCGCGACGACGACAGACAUGUUGAGAAAAAGGACUAUGAUAAAGAUCGUUACAGGGAUGAAAGAGACCGUCACAGACAAGACGACAAGAAUCGCAACCGUGAGAAGGACAGGCGCGAACGGGAUUACGAGCCCGAGAAGGACAGAGACCGACACGAGCGUUACGAGAGGCGUUCCGUAGAAAGGAAAAAGACCAGGAAGAGUCCGACCCCAUACUCGCAGAAGUCCAGGACAGAUGCCAAAGACUUGUCUCCCGAACGCGUGAAGAAGAAGGAGAAGGAUCACGAGGAGAAGAACGAGGAGAAGAAGAAGGAGAAGAAAAUUAAGGAAAAGAAGAAGAAGAAGGACGACGAGAAAGAGAAGAAAAAGAAAAAGAAGAAGGAGAAGAAGGCGGGACAGAAGGAGGUAACGAAGGAUGAACCGAUUAAAUCGUCUGAGCAGGAGGACUCGAUAGUGGAGAACAGGCAGGAGAUAAUGUCGCCUGAGAAGGUGGACACGAUGAAGCCAAUCAGCGAGGACGAGAAUAUCGAAAGUAGAAUAGAAUGCAUCCCUACGGAAGCUCUGAUCGAGGAGGCAAUGAAAGAGGAAUUCGAAGACAAGUCUCUAGCUAUGAACCCGGAGCCGCCGGAGUUCAACGAAGCCAGUCCGGAGAGGAUCGAUCACACGGAGUUCGGCACAAACCCUCCAAACCCAAAUUUCAAGCCGAUCCCAGAAUUGAAAUCAGAGAUCAAACCCAUCGACAGUCUGUACAGCGGCUUGGACGACACUGAAAUAAACACCGUUAUCACAGAGAAAUAUUCUUUGCUCUCCGAGAACGACGCCGAAGAGAAGAACAUCUUGUUAGAAGACAAAUCACCCAAGAAGGACGAGUUCUUAGCUCCCUUGCCUGAGCUUUCUAAAUGGGAGAGGGACGACACCAUAGAGAAAUCAGACGAAGUAUGCGACUCCUCCAUAGAGAAGAUACAACUGGACGAAUCGAAAUCGACGAAGGUGGUCACGUCGGAGGUACUGAAGCGAGCGGAGAACGCGAUAUUCCAGAAAGCCAUCAACGCCAUCAGACCGAUCGAGAUAAAGAAGAUCAGCGAAAGCAGGAAGGUGUUGUACCAGAAUCCAGAGCCCAAGGUGAUCGAACCCGAGCCCAACAGGGAGCCGAGGAAGAGCGUGAACGUCACCAUAAACGUCGGACGGAACGAGAGGAACGUCGAGAUCACCGAACCCGUGAAGAAGGCUAAAUUGGACAGGACGAAGUUCAAACCAGUCCCAGAAACGUACUCGCCCACGAGACUCUCCGCUAAGGAGAGGUUAGGCGAGAAGGUAGAGGAGAACAAGGAAAGGAAGAUUAGCCCUAUCAAGAGCUUCUUGGAGAGACGCGAGACGAAGAGCGAGACGCAGUCCAGAAGUCGGUCGCCCAGGAGCAGGGACAAGAGGAUUUCUCCUCUUCUGGACAGACGCGUCGACUCGUCGCUGUCAUUGCCGAGCAACGAGCGCAAGGUGUUCCUCGACGACAGGAAACGAGAUGGCAAGGACAACCGAGGAGACCGUUCGAAGGACAGGAACGACUUCAGGAGCGAGCGACACGACAUGAGGUCUGAAAGAGACCCGAGAAUGGACUCCAGGGACUUCAGGUCGAAUAGGAACGAUUCUAAAGGGGACCGGAUGGACAAAGACAGGGAGAAGGAGAGGGACAGGGAGAGAAGAGGGAAAACGCCGACUUGUGCGUUUAAAAGAAACGAGAUUCCUAAGGUGGGUCUCCUAAAGAGCAAGGAGGACGAGGAUGACAGGAGGAGAGACAAGAAGUCGAAGGAGGACAAAAAGAGGAAGAAAGAGCAUCGGAGCAGGAGCAAGUCCAAGGAACACAAGAAACGAAAGGAGAAGAAGCACAAGAAGGACAAGGAGAAGAAUUUGGAGAAGAAACAGAAACAUAAAGACAGCCUUGUUAUGAAGGAUAAACCGGAGGCUAAUGAGACGAAGAUCAGUUAUGAGAAUCCUGAGCCGCCUAUCGCUGAGACCGUGAAGAAGCAGCGGAAAAACCCGAGACUCGUUUCUGACCGUAAGCGUAGCAUACUUGACGAAGCGAGCUUCGAACCAGACUAUAGUGCUUCGGAUUCUGAAUCCGACGGAGAGGAUGGUAAAAUGAUGCCAUUGCCUCCUAAGAAAUUGAAACUCGAUGAACCUGAUAUGGAUAAAGAGAUGGAUCUGAAGGCACUUAAGAAGAGAUCAAAGUCCACCAGUAGCGAAGACUCAUCCAGUAGUUCGGACACUUCUAGUACAGACUCGGACAGCUCGGAUGAGUCACACAAGAAGAAGAAGAAGAAACACAAAAAGCACAAGAAAAAGAAGUCCGUUAAAAGGGACAGUAGCUCGGAUUCAGAUUCUUAUUCGGAUUCGUCCGACUCGAGUAGCGACGAGGAAAAACACAAAAAGAAAUCAAAGAAAUCAAAGAGUAGAAAUAAACAAGCGAAGAAGAAAAAAAAGUCGAAGCACAAAUGAUAUCGCUAGAUAUCCUUGACUAUUUUAAAGUUGAAUUCUGACAAGAACUUUUCUUUGUGAACGCUUUUUAAUAAUAAGAUUCUAAUCUACCAGAAUUAUUUAGAAUUCCUAUGCACCGAAACAAGAUGGAUUAUCCCGAUGCAAAACAAAAGUAGAAAGUUAUUCCUCUAUUUAUAAUGCUAUAACGGUGUUCAAAGUUCAUUUUGAAACAGUCAUUAUCGAUUUAUUACCUACUUACGAAUAGAGUUAAUACCUUUUUGGGAAUGAAACAUUUAACGAAGUAACGAAUGAAUAAGCGAAAUAUGACAUUUGAUUUUGUUAUAUUUAAUUUUCGAAGUGUUGUUAAGGCCUUUACAUGUAACUGUUCACGAUUUCACUUUCAAGAAUAAAAAUGAUGUAAGUAAAUUCAUUACAGGAAGUGAUGUAUAUUAAUAGCAUUCAGUAGAUAAUGGUUAUCACUAAGGAAUCCGGUACAAUACUUUAGAAAGUAACAGCAGUUAUAUUUAAGAUCUCCAAUAUCUCAUCAUUAUAUUGUACUUUCGUAAUGUACUGUCAAUAUGUAAAAGAUGUCGAAAUAAAAAGACGAAAUUCUUUUAAUUUAUCUUUAUUCUUGUUGAAUAAAAUAUCGUGCGCGUGCGAAAUAUGAAAAUUUCAUUGUUUCCAAAAUCAUUGUUGAUCGUGUCAAAUUCUAUUAAAUUCGAUUCAAACUUCUUUAAGACGUUAAUCUUGUUUAUUUCAUUGGAAAAAUAAUUUAAUAUAUUCAAGUGCUUCUUAUGUUUUUUAUUGUUUCCAAGAUACUGCAAAGUAGUGGUAAUUCUCUACCAUUAUCGUCUUCUGUUACUCUUAAACUUUGGGUGAUUAAAAAUCUAUCCGGUGGCUGCUUUGGUAAAUUACAUUCUGAAAUAUAUUGUUUCUUCAAGCGUCUUUAUAAAUAUUCAUUUAUAAUGUAUAUUAUGUGUAGAAUACAUGCUUUAAUACCUGAUAUGAAAACAGUAGAACUAUAUUUGUACCCCAUCCAAUCUAGGUAGUUACGAAUAAGUUCAUUCAGAAGUGUAAUAUCUUGCGGUGGUAUUGGUAAUUUCUGUUUGUUCCCACUGUUCGAAUUGUCUAAUAUUUGUAUGAUUUUUGUGUG